UUCGAACACGACGCCAACGUGUCUCUGUUUUCUCCGUGGUGCGAUGUUAACCCCUUAAGAGAAGUGGUUAUUAAGUAACACAUUUAGGAAGGAAAAAAAAUCCUUAAUAGAAUAAUGGUAGUGGAAAAGGGCGUCGGGAAGCUGCCAUCGGCAUCGCUAAUAUGCCACUCUAUAGCGUUCCAUAAAUAAGGAUCGAUCGUGGUGACUGUGGCUGGAUUCGAAUCGCGGUCGGAGGAUAAUUAGCAAAUGUGCCGAUAUAUGUAGUGUGUGCUUCAGGACUCAAGUCUGUCAUCCGUUUUGGAUGCUGAGAGCAGUACCGACAGUGUGUGUGUACAAAUGUCAAAAACAGCACGCUGCUGAUUCAGUGGGUGGUGGGUGACUGUCAUCGAAACAAAAAAAAUCAAUCACUGGGCGUUGUAUUGCAUGAACCGCGGCGCAAAUUUCAGCCGUUCGGAAGAGCUAAUCGGGAGAACAGUGUUGUGAUUAUAAUUGAUACGACACAGCAUCACCAAUUAGAACCCCGUCACCAGAGGUAGUGUCGACAGUGUGGUUAAAAAAACAAGUUGCAAGGUGAGAUUUUCACAGUGACGUGUUUCAGGGUGCCGCUGGAGCGUGAGAAUAACAUAGGUAAAAAGUUGUACUACUCUACAAGGAAUGUGUAGAUAAUUUGUUUCCUAGCGCAGUAUUAAAUGCAAUGUGUAGGCGAAGAAAGCUUAUGCUAACUGGUGUCCUGUGUAUAUCCCAUGAAAUUAAAGUGGUUUAUCAGUGAAAACAGAAAUAGAUUCCAACUUCCAAUUUAUAGAAACGAAAGGAUCUUUCUCGGUGUAAACUCAAACUGUGUAAAGCGUCAUUGAAAGUGGUAUGGAUGUGAAACACAGUGUUGAUGGUAUUCAGUUAUAAAACGUUUACCGACAGGAAGCAUGGCACAAGCUGAACUUACAGCGCAUUAACAAAGGAUUAAAAAAAACUCAAUACACGAAAAUCGAUAAAAGGAUUACACAAAAGUAUCAUACUCCUAGGCUGAGCAAGAUCAUUUGGUCGAGCCUACUCAAACUCAACCCGCAAGAAAAUCAACAGCACAUCACGCACAAAAUCACUCGAACACGAUUUCCAUAGCAGGAUAUCACCUGCCUUGGUGGUUGGACCGGCCGCCGAUUAUGAAACGAUGCUGUGACCCAGCGACUCCUGUGAGCACCUUGGAUUUGCAUCUGCUGCUGUUUCCAGGAAAAUUAUCCGCAUCAAAAACCUCCCCGGCUUCGGGAGGCAGUGGCAGCAGUAGCAGCAACAUCAACAACCGGGACGUUGGGAGGAGGUCCUCGUUAUCGUAGCGUUAGAGAAAAAAAGGGCCUCGGUUUGACAUUUGUACUGCCAACAGCAUACAAUCGUCAUCAUCACCGCUGAAUACUUGUCGUCUGAAGUGGGCUGUAUCUGUUCGUGUUUCUCGAGAGCUGAAAGGGCAGGAAAACUAGGAGCAAAAUAGAAAACGAGGAGUCAAAGAUUAUGACUCGGUCAUGAUUUUCAUCCUCUUCGUUUGACGCUGAUGAAGAUCUGCUGCGGCGGCGGUGCUGCAGUCGUUGCAACGUGCCGGAUAAAAGUGCAAGCACUGGAAAUUGAGUGCGGCGAUUGUGUAGUGCCAUCACGCCCCACGUCGAGUGUUGGGCUGAGAUUCGGAAUGAAACUGGAAGACAAAUAAGGUUCUUCCAACAUUGUGGAACCGGGCCGGACAUCGUGGAUAGGGCAGGCAGAUAGCGGGGCUAAAUUAAAAAGCUGGUUCCUACCGCCACCGAGUCUGGUUUUUUUUGGUGUUGGUGAGUGAGCGGAAGAUGUGAAGCAGCAAGAAAAUUUAUACAUUAGUGUUUAAUUCUGUACUUUGAAAUAGGGAGACUGGAAGCUGGACGAAAUAACGAAAAACAAUAAAAAUGGAAAUGCAGACAACCCUCGUGUGCCCGGGAAGUGAGGGAAAAAAGCAACACAAGCGGUGAGAUUUAUUUCGAAAGUUAUGCCACCUAGUGGUUGAAGUGUGGGGUUUGAAAUACCAGACGGGCGAAGUGUGGAUGAACAAAAAAAAAAAAGAAAAUCAACAUUAGCAGGGUGAAGUGCCCAACGCAAAAAGUUCAAUCCAAAUUUUUCUCGCCAGAAAAUUCAAUUUUGCUUCGGUUUCCGUGGAGAGGCGAACGAAGUGAUGCGUUUAUAUUUUCUGCGGCUUCGAAGUGAACCAUAAAUAAAUAAUUGCCAAUUUAAGCAGCAAGGCCGCCUGGGAAUCGUAGGUGGUUGUUACGCGGAAAAGUUGGAAAAUGAAGAUUCCAAUUAGUGAGUUGUUGAUAUAUCGCCGACGAAAAAGUUGAAGCAUGACAGGUGCCAGUCUGGAAAGAAGAGCUACAGCUUUGGAUAAAAUGUGGCUAAAUCUGGUGAUUUUAGGUGCGUUAUUUAACAUGAUGCGCCUGAUGACUGGCGUGGACGGUUGUCCGUCUGAGGUGUGUGUGUGCAAGUGGAAGGGCGGUAAACAGACGGUGGAAUGCGGUGGAAGGUCACUUAACCGAAUACCGGAGGGAAUGGAUCCCGGUACACAGGUCCUGAACUUUUCCGGCAAUGGAUUAACUAUCCUGCAAAGCGAACGCUUCAAAAGGAUGGAUCUCAUAAAUCUACAGAAGAUAUAUAUGGCUAGAAACCAACUAAUAAAAAUUCAUGAUCGAGCUUUCAGGGGGCUCACCAAUUUGGUGGAGCUUGACCUGUCGGAAAAUAUGCUUUCGGUGGUACCGACGGAAACAUUUGCCGACUAUCCAGCAUUGAUGCGGCUAUCUCUCAGCGGGAAUCCAAUUCGAACAUUGAGAACUAACGGGUUCAAACAUCUCUCCUUUCUUACAACUCUAGAAAUUAGCAAUUGUCAGAUUGAACUGAUCGAAGACGAAGCAUUCAUUGGAAUGGACAACCUGGAAUGGCUUCGGUUGGAUGGCAACCGAAUAGCCACUAUUCAGGGAAACCAUGUUCUACCGGAAUCCCUACAUGGAAUCAACCUGCAGGCAAAUCGAUGGCAGUGUGACUGCCGUUUGCUUGAUAUUCACACCUGGUUGAACAGUUUUAACGUUCCUCAGCGGGAGGAACCGAAGUGUUCCGGACCACUUCGGCUAGCAGGUCAAGUAAUCAGAAGCAUUCAGCAGGAAGACCUAGCCUGCCUCCCCGUUAUUACACCGGAUUCACUGUAUCGAGAGAUCUCCGAAGGUCGGAACAUGACACUGACGUGCAAGAUCUCUGCCACCCCGGAAGCUUCCAUAUCUUGGUGGUUUCAGGGACAACUGCUUCAGAACGACAGUCUGCUAGCGCCUAAUCUACAUCUCUCCCACUACAGCGAAGACACAGGCGAGGAAAAACGAAGCGAGCUGCUAAUUUUCAACACCAGUCCGGAUGAUAAUGGGACGUUCUUCUGCAUAGCGGAAAACUCAGCGGGACGCGUUCAGGCAAACUACACGUUACAUGUUAUCGUGAAGGAAGAACCGGUAGUGGAGGAGGUUACCUUCUCGCAGGAGUAUUUGUUACUCAUCGUGGGCGCUAGUGCUGCCACAGGUUUUCUACUAUUCCUCAUUGUUUGUACGAUCAUAUGUAGAUGUAGUAGGCGUAGCAUCAGACGAGAUGCCAGUAAGAAGGCUCGCGGGAAGUCGGCUUCAGAUACGGCCGGUAACAGCCAAAAGUGUUCAUCAAUCACCAAUGAUAUCGGAGAGCCGUUGACGUGCGCAAAGAUGAACGGAUCAGUGGCAUUAAGUGAAAGCAGUCCACAGGAUGUUGUUUUAUAUUUGAACACUGGAAACAACCACGACAAAGCUGGAUUGAACCAGUUGGCACUCGGUGGGCCGGGACAGUUUUGCAGUCCGCCAUCAGCUCGCAGUUAUCAGGAUCAGAAUCCUGAUCUGAUCAACGAUGCGGAAAGUGGGAAGAUUCGAGGGCGAGCCGAUGCGUUGGAUUCGGAUAUGGGCGAGAAGGAUUCCGAUGGGCAGAGUAGUGUUCAGGACGCUAGUAGUGAAGCUAGUUAUCAGCAGAACUAUUUCCAGCCACCGAUGGGAGUACGACCCAUGGGUCCACGGUUCACUGCCAUGUCGACACUGCCAAGAGGAAUGAAUAAAGACAUGUACCAACACCAGGUGGACAUUCAUCUUAGUCCGGGAUGUUUCCUGGAUCAAAAUGGUUUCCCCAUCGAUCUGAAUCUGAUGGCUCAAGGUGGGCCUACUGUUAACUACUAUCGAACGCUACCGCACAAUCGAGGACAGAAAGGACAAGCGAAAGUUCGCUACUCAAACGACGCUGAGUUCAUAACACGAACAUCACAAACCUAUCAACUGUACGGUGGUCCUACGGAUGUUCGAUACACGGCCGAAGGAUAUCCUCAGCAGCCGGGUGAUGACACUACGGGUACAAGUCAAUUCCCUUCGCCACCGGAAGGAUACAAGCUCGAACCGACCGGAGUGAAACAGUUGACCUACAUGAACGCUCCGGCAGCAUUCUGUGUUGGUCCUGCGCCUCCCCAGCAGUGGCCAUCGUUCCUGCCUGGUUAUCACCCACAGUUGCUACCGAUUUCCGGCCAGACAGGCCCCGAUUUCAACCGUUACUUACCUCCACCGGCGCUGAACUCCCAAACGGUGCCCUGUAGCAGCAGUGGAUCGGCACCGGUGCCGGUGCUGAAAAAGUGCGUCGGUGCUCAAACCACCGAGCUGAUGGAUAAGGAUGUGAUACCGGAACAGCGCGAGGAGGAAGAGGAAGCGGAAUGCGAAAGUGGCACCAAGUUGAGGCACUUGUCUGGACCGCUGGCGGACAGUCCGGAUGAGGGUUAUGUCGGCGACAGCCAUGAAACGACGGAUAUUUGACAUAGGAUGAAGCCUCCGCUUCUGGAGCACACUAAACUACACUCCUCCGGCUCGUUACAGUUAGAAUCGGAUGAUGUACCGUUAUAAGAGUGCGAUUGCAGAACGUAAGGAAAGCAGCAGGAGGAUGUUAUAAAGUGUACUAAUGUUAGGUGAACCAAUGUGUUUGUUUAGGAAACUAGGACUCGGACUGCGAGAAGAGGUGGUAGUUUGCUGUUUGUUUUCGGUAAUCUGAACCGGUUCUGUUGAAUAUCAUCAUGCAACCGCUUCUGUGAAAGAUUGUCGUCGCUUUCAGGCAGAAAUAGUUAGUUUUCAUAUUUUUCGGCAACCUGUUAAAAAAGUUGGGUUCAUUUGACAGAAUAUUUAUAAUCUUUGGUUUACACGUAAUUUACAAUUCGGUAGACAAUUCCUUUCGAAUGUUUUAAUUUAAGCUUGAGAUCACACCAUUUGCAAUAUGGAUCGUUUUGAUUCGUUUGGAAUAACACUGACAGAUAAUCAUUGUUUCGUUUUGGAAAAUUGUUGUUAAUCUUCCGAUAUGAGGUCUGGUAGAAACAUUAAUUUUUAUUUUAAUCUUAGUUUUUCGUUUGUAAAACUCAGUGGGACAAUCGGACCUUCCGAAGCAAAAAUAUUCGCAUAACUAAUUAAAUUAAAGAGAGCUUAGUACAGGCACAGAAAAAUGUUUUCAAACAUAUUUCUGUUUUGUGUAAAAAAUUGACUAUUGAGCUGUCCAUGUUCUACCAGGUCAGGGUUCUUUUUCUGAAAAAAUAAAAAGAAAUCCGUAUGGAGUUUCAAUUUAGUGGAUGUCACUGCCAGAAUAUCACCACCACUAUUUCAGAAUGUUUUGUUGAUGAAAACAAUUCUUCUUCUUAGUGCCACAUACCUUUGAAAACGAAGCUCUACUAAGCCCAACGGAUUUAUUCAACUUAUUAGGAUAUAAUAAAAACCCAUGUUGAGGCUCAAGAUCAAAAAAUGAUGCGGAAAUCGUUGGAUACUUUUCCAAAAACAGAUCAGCCAAAAUUAUGUUUAGGAGAGCACAAUCUAUAGUACUUUUUCCACUUUGUAAUGAAUAUUUCAUAUCUACUUUGUACGUUGAGAGCUAACAUCUCAAAAUAAUUAGUUGAAAGUCACUUGUAGAUUUGGUAUAACCAUCGUCACAUAGACGAUUUAAAGCUAAACGUUUAAAUGAUCAAAGAAGAUAUACUUAAGAUCAGAAAAAGAGGGUUUCAGCUCAUUAUUCGUGAUCCAGAUACCCAACUCAAAUAUAAUAAUGUCGUAGCAGAGAGUGACAUCUAACAUCUUCCUUGUACUAGUUUCUGCAUAUAUGAAAUCAUCUUCUGCAUUGAGGCUUUGUAAACCAUAACCCCAUAUUAAUAUCUGAGUAAAGGGACCUAGACAUCACUGAAUGCAUACAUACGUUAGGCAUACCGUCGUUAUGGACCAAAAGUCAGACUAGAUUAGCUCCAUAUUUUAGGAAACUUGUGACACGCAAUGUCGUCUCAUUGUUUUCAUGAUUGAAACGGCAUGAGAGGUGGAAGAAAAAGUUAUGGAAAAUGACAAAUACAGCACAAAACAAUAAACAGUCUGGGUUUGCACUCUCGAAGAAACAAUCUACGCUUCUGAUACAACCUAUAGCUCUUUACCAAACUGGGUUGCUGAGUUCUUCGACUUGAGUUCGACAUGCGAUUACUGUUGCCAUUAUUAUUAUUAUUAUCAUUUUGCUUUAAGGACAUUAUACAAACGAGCCACAACAUAACUCCUACACCACACACACCCCUCUCGCUGUCUAACCAUGUACCUGACAUGAGCUAAUAUAAAAAUACGUUUUUCAACCCACUAACCUUGCCGGUGUGCCACGAAACUGCUACUUCAGGAAGCUAGAGCAUUUUCCUAUACAAUCAACCCAAGUUUUUGACGGAAUGCCAUCUGUAGUUCAUAUUUUGUGCGAAAAUAUCACCCCUCAUCACUUGUGAUUUCUUUUCGAAACACUCUUAUUUUUCUUCUUCUCAUUUUCAAUUCACUUUUUCAAAUGCACUUUGACUGCACACUCCACUGCAAAAACACCCGAAAGAAAUAGUUUACUAACAAAACUUUGAAUUUUCUGCUGCUGUGCUGAUGACCGAAGGAAAAUAUCCGAAAACGCUCAUUUGCGCGUUUGAAUUUUCACUUCGAGUUCUAUUUUUUCUCAAUGUAAACAAGCGAGGCGCUGCCUAGCAACAAGCGUGCGUUCCUGGCUUCCACAUAUCUUCACGUUAACCACAUAGGGUUAUUCGCCCCGGGAAAAAGAUCGUUACAAUGCAUUUUACAAAGUUUAUUUUAUCUUCGUUUCACUUAAGUUCGUUGUGCUCAAUGAAGGAAACAUCUAGCCAGGGGCGCAACUGACGCGCCCCAGCACCCGAUUCAGGUGUGGCAGAAGGCCCGCUCAGCAUUAGUGAUAGCUGAGUUUGCCGAUUGUGACAGUCGAAAGCGCCGCGGUAACACCUCACCUGUACUCGGUCCGGGUGUAGCGUAGAAUGACAAGAAAAAAUGACCCCAUCAGGCUACCCCUGAGUCGGUUCUUCGUCCCACAUUUCUCCGCAUAGAGGGCGCCAACACUAACUUGUCAACGGAGAGAAAUAGAAAUUAGGUUCUUUCUACAAAGUUGUAGAACAAGCCUUUUCCAGAAAUUCUUGUGAAUAUCUCCAUAUUCUAUCAUAUCAGUGUGGUGGAGGCCCCAAUGAGCGAUGCACAGUGGUCGGAAACGCCAAAAACGUGAACUUAAUUCACUAGAGGCUAAACCGUCGAAUAUAUUCACAGGGUGUCUUCCGAGGAAUUGUUUAUAUGAAUAUUCCCCACAAUCUGAUAACAAUUGAAAUUAGGCAUGGCUUACUAUGAUGGAACUAAAAAAAUUAACUUUUUAUACUGACGUGGUAAAAAGUUGCUGUCUUCGACAAAGUUUUAGAAUUACUCAUAGCGAAGAGUUUUGUUAAAGAACUUGAGCGUGUAGGACAAAAGAUUAUCGAUUUUCUACGGCAACCCCCUUAAAUCUAGUUUUUUAUAUAACUUUUUUCAUUGUGACUUUUUGUGCAAAUUAUGUUCAAGACAAAUGUGUAGGUAUCAAAACUACAUAAUGUUUUCGAAGACUGUAUGUAAAAAUACUCAUUCGUUUCAAAGUUAUUGAAGAUUUUUACAUUUUUUUACACCAACUUCAACUACGUAUAAGAAAGAAAGGUGCAAACCAAAAUGCACGAACAGGCACCUUUUUCACUGUCUAAGCUAUGCACAAUAAAGGUAAAGAGGUUUGGUGCAUGGCACUUUAGAACCCUAUGAAUAGGGUAAGCUUACUUUAUCAUAUUUUUUUACUUUUUCCAUACAAAAAAUCAGCCAAAAUUCGAUGGUUUGGCCUCUAGUGAAUUAAGUUCACGUUUUUGGCGUUUCCGACAACUGUGCGAUGGUGGUAAGAAAGGGAUUUGAGGGAAACGCGCUCGGAUUUUAAAAGGUUGGCGUCCCUAAAGAAAGCAAUUAGUGCAUCUUCGAUUACUAAGGCGAAUCGAGGAGGACAGGACAUGAUGUUAUCGCAGAUCUUCAAACUCCGGCAGUUUAAGAGUACCCAAAUAACCACAUGCAUUAUAAUGAAGCAUUAUUUUAACAUCGAUAAUGUUCAUUUGCUCUAAAACUACUUUCUUAAAGCAGUGCUACCAUAACACAACAUCCCAAAUGUUUCAAGACAUUGCCUCUUAUGAGCAAUGUAACAGGCAUUAUACACACCUUUAGAGCAACGGUUUAGUGUUUGAUUGCAUUGCAUUUACAAAUGCUUUGACGCUCUACUGCGCUACACUUGAAAAGCAUAUAAUGCUUGAACUAAAUGUUACGAAGUAUUAAAAUAAUUUGACGUUUAUGAAGAAAAUGUUCUAAUCAAAAAAUAUCAACCUGAAACAACAUGGAGAGUAGUGUGGCAAAGGGACAAUUUUCUACGAAUGGGGCAAAAAUAUCGGAGCACUGAAACACCUAUAGCUUUUAACCAAUCCUAUUUCCGUGGAGUAAUACAUGAAAUUAAACAACACGACUAUGCAUCCCUAUAAUUUCCAACUCAGAUGAAGCAUAUCAUAGAGAAACCACUAAAUGCUCAAUAUUUCAUCUGCACAAUUUGAUGUCAAUACUAACCAUGUUUCGGAAUCUCUACUAAAAUUAAUCUCUGCUUCGUUUGUUGAUGUUUAUAUUUCGCGAUUCGAGAGCCACACGAUAAAUACUAAUCUACUCAAAAAAUGCCAAAUGUUUGCACCUCUCCUUCUAUACCGACGUGUCAUUGCAUUAACAAAGGCUAUAUAAUGUAAAACGUUAUUCAUAUAUUGCAAAUAUCAUUCCGUCGGCAGCUAUCCUCCACAGAUAAGAGUGCUAACGACCUACCUCGUAUGAAGCUGAUGUCAGAUGAUCAUGGUUCGGAUCCCCUAAAAUUAAUUUAAAAAAUCUGAAGGAAUUUAAAUUUUGUGGUGAUGUUAAUGUUGUAUCUAACGAAUAAGAUAAGAUAAGUUGAAAAAAGGAAAACGUUCAUUUUUCCAUUUUAAUUAUUUUCAUUUCGACAUUAUAUCAGCUUUAUGUUGUGUUAUAUAACAUCGAUCUGUCAAAACGAAACAAACAUUAUUGCAGCAUCUAGUAAUGCUUUUAGCAGACAAAAGCUUUAUAAGAGCGUUAUUAAUGUAAAAUAAAUGCUUUCUUUGACAGUUCUUACAUCAGUCGCUUAAUCGCCCUUUUCCACUUUAUAAAAGCAUUGGUGUUGCUUUUACAGCAAUGAAGAAUUUUAUCGCAUUCUACGAACGACUCAUUUAAGACUGUUAACUUUGCAUCAUUUGAAGCGUCGUGGUUACUUGGGUACUCCUAUGUCUGUCGUGUAUUACAAGUUGCACACUUUGGAAGGUCGACGCGGGUGAUAUUAUGAACAUCCCACUCGACAGCGGGGAGUGCUCUUUGUUCAAUCCGAUUUUCGCGGUCAGUCUUUUUUUCGAUAUUGCCUUUCACCUUCUGACCGUAAAUAUUUGUAGGUUUCUCCAGUAAGUGACAAAGUGCUCUGAAUGACCUUAUAAUGUGACCUUAUAAUCAGAAUUCCCAAAUGAACAUCGAACACCAUGUUCGCUUUAGUUUUGUGCUCAUCUUAAACCCACAUUUCGUGUGAAAACUCGUACCAAAACACGUACACAUGGUCGUCUGCACAACCGAAUCCCAUGUACGUACGCGGUGUUCGUACACACAGGUUCUUGACACUAGUUUUCUCUUUCUAUCACUUAUCAUCACUAAUGUUGACUCAUUCUGUUUUGUGUGUGCCGUUCUUGUGUACGCACACGGUGUACGUACACGGUGUUUAAACCUAAGUUUGCACAUCGUUCGCUUGGGUUCGGUGUUCGAGGCGAGCCUGUUCACAAAGGCAAAGUAAGUUUAAGGUUGAACGCGUGCACGAAAUUUUGUACACAGGUGCAAACUUAUCGACGUUCAUAGGAAGACUGCUUAUAAUGUCGGAAUCGAGCUUAUUCUUUAGUUAUAAUUGGUUAACAUUUUUUUUAAUAAAAACAAUUGAUAAAUGCAUUUGUUUCUAGCAAUAGGUAAUAAAUAAAUUUAAAUUAUUAUAAGCUUCCUGCAAAGCUACGAUGGGACCCUUAAAAGGAUUCUUUUCCGCUGGGUACUCGCCGUAGCUUCUUGUCAAAUUUUGUGUUUUGUCGGUCUCGUAUUGUUUUUUUUGUUCUCAGCGUUUCCGCGAUUCGUAACUUUGUUUUGUUGUGCUGACCUUUUUUUGUACGCUGAGAACUGACAAGCGGUUAGCAUCCCCGUUAUCGCGGAUUCAGCUAUGCCCGAGAACCCAGCAUGUGAUGGUCAAACGGCUCACAAGAUUGCUCUAUGGCUGGGACGUAGGAGAGGUCGGACUCCACUGAUUUCAGCGUCGCGAUCAUCAAGAGGGAGUCGGAAAAGAUCACUGUCUGAGUAUCUUCAGGUUUCUUGAUGGCAGCAGUAAUAGCGGCGGAUUCUACGGAGGUGAUGGGCGAGGCGGUUCAAUUCCACUCACACUCACUCCUACGCGUUCGCCAAAGUUCGAGAUGUCCAUAUGGUGUCUGACAGCAGAUACGAAGCCAAAUUGGCUGCAAUUUAUGCGAUACAGCGGUGCCAGGAUAUUGACUAAGCCUCCCCGAAAAUGACUGGUCGUAGAACAGUCGUCAAUGCGUACAGCUUCAAUCUUCUGCAACAGCCGUUUUCCCGAUAGCUACGAGUAUCACAUUGUCGGCGUAAACAAGCACGAAUAUGCGUUUCGGGAGCGUGGCGCAGAUGGAAUUCAUGCUGGCCAAAAAUAGUGUGAAUGCUAGCAUCGAGUCACGGGAACCCUAUUGGCCUCCAAUAAUACAUCCAAUUGGUUUCCUCCAACGCCUACCCUGAAACUUCGCCACUGAUGUAUUCCUUGAGAAAUCUACCCCUUUGAUAAAGUUUCAAUGAACACCCCAUCGGUGCACUUAUAGAAGUACUUCCUCACGUCAUACCGGAGUCGCUUCCGGGAUGCAAACUGGUGACGGUUGAGAAGAUCUUGUUCCUCGAGGAGGGACGUCAGGCGUCUGUUUACCAUUCUUUCCAUCGUCUUUCUAAUAUAUGGGAGUAGGCUGAUGCGUCGUAAGUCAUUCGGACUCCUGGUUUUUUUACAUCAUGAGCACGUUUCAAAGUUUUCUGGGAAGGUCCCACAUCCCCAGAUGAUGUUAAAUGCAUCUAAUGCACGCUUACCAACCGGGGGUAAAAGCCUUAACAGGGAGUAACAAUUUUUGUCAAAUCCGACAGAAUUGCCCUGUGCUAUAUUCAACGCCAUGACCAGUUCCAUACCAGAAAACAGUUUGUUGUAGUCCUGGUUAGCAUCUGGUGUGAAUGUGAAUGUGUACGGGUGGCUUCUAUGCUCUUCUUCGUUCUGAGGAAAACGGGUGGGAUGGAGCAGUCCAUAGAGAGAAACACGAAGUGCUUUCUGAUUUCACUAGUAAUUUCAGAUGACUCAAUUAUCUUGGUACCGUUGAACGUUAAUGCGAAGUCAUUUUGUCUUCUUUUGCUGCCCAGGGCAUUCACCCUUCUUCACAGUUUCGGUGUUGGCGACUCAGAACUUAUCCCAUCAAGGAUGGAAGCCUAGGCGACUUCCUUGGCUUUCGCAAUAGCAUGCCUAACCAAUUUCGUCAGAAGGUGAGAAUGCCAAGAUCUCUCAUCCCUUCGAUAGUGGUCGAGUAAUGAGAGAUCUAUAUCUGAUUACUUUCGCUACUUCUGGGUUUCAUCAGUGAACCGUCCAGUUUAAUGGUAUUCUGUUGGUUUGGGAGCUGCAUGGUUUUGUGGACUAAAUCGUUGCUUCUGCAAGCUCUUCCGGAAUCGAUCGAAAGCAUUCGACAAGUUGUCUUCGUAUGUGGUUCAGCCCAUUCGAUCGUAGAUCCAACGAUGACGCCGAUAUGUCGGUAGCAGCAGAUCAUGGCAGACAACAGUGGGGAAAUGAUCGCUGUUUCCAAUGUCGGCUAGAACCGACCAUCCACAGGUUCCGGCGAUGGAGCUAGAACAAAUGGUGUAGGGGAACAUGGGGAGACUUGACCAAGCGCAAAAUUCUAUUUUCGGCUAUGGCGUCUUCUAUUCGAUUCUCAAUUUUUUUUCAAAAAUAUUCUUAUACUUGUUUCGAUCCCUUAAGGUAAUUUUAAAAGUUUGGAGAAAAAAAUCCUUUCGUUGCAGAAAAUAUUACGUGAUUAAUAAAUUUGCAUCAAAUGAUGUAAUUUUUUAUCAAAAUUUGUAUGGACAUAUCUACUCGACUACUAGUUACUAUUAAUGUACUAAUCUACCAUCUUAAUCCUUGUGAAGCAGUGAAAUGAUUUUACAGAAACUGGAACAUUGGAAUAGUUAUUAGUAGAAUUUACAUGACAUUGAACGCAAUAACUAAUGUUGGGGAGACUUGACCAAGAUUUUAUGGGGAGACUUGACCAAGUGGCGAUCAGCUGAAGAAAGAUAAAAAAUUCUUAAUAUUUAUUAUGCUUUGGUAUCUACUGUUAAUGUUAAUCACGCCAUAAAAAAUCCCACCCCAAACAUAAGUCUUUAUAUUUUAAUAUUUGUAAACAAAGUUAGCAAUAGUAGGACUGAUUUCGUGACGUGUGAACAUGCAAUGCAAGCAGUACAGUUAAUCCUUAAAAAUAAAUGCAUUAAAAAAAUUAAAAUUUAUCAAAUGCAACUCUUUUAUAUUUUUUACUGCUACCUAAGGAUCUCGACAAUAGGGAAAAAAAUAAUUACAGUAUGUUUUAUGUUUAUUAUUUUUUGUUAUGACUUUCAAAAUUCUCUUGGUCAAGUCUCCUCACGCCUUGGUCAAGUCUCCCCGCAAAGGGGAGACUUGACCAGAAAAAACGAUCACAGAAAAACUUUUGUAACUUUUCAAAAAUUAUAUUAAAAAUUCUGCAAAAAAUCAUAAAGACGCGCAAUAACUUUGCGCAUUAUAUCUGAAUGACUUUUGAGGAAUUGAAGGCUUUUUUAGAGAUUUAUGCAGUUUUAGCUGAAAACCUGGUCAAGUCUCCCCAUGUUCCCCUAAUCUAAGGUGGAUAGGGAUCUACUCCAGAGAAUGGUAAUAAUGCUGUCAUUUAGCAUCACCGUAUUUCUGUCUUCGACUGCCUCAACAAUAGCGUUGCCGAGGUGGCAGUACCUCCUUCCGCCCCACGCUGCGUGAUGGGCUUUGAAGUCACUCUCGGGGUUCUGCAGUUGCUUGAAGAGAUUCCUCAAUUUAUUUCCAAUGUCGCUGGCUUCCUAAGGGACGCCACUGUGCAUUUUAUGGGAAAGUUGAUCUUUCUGGCGACCACAAUCAUAUGAAUGUACAAUUGCACCGAAUCGGACGAUAAGU